UAUCAACUUGGUCCUUCAAGAGAAGUUGUUUUGAAAACGCCAGUGUUCAAAUACACACAGUCCAGAAAGGGGACAUCGGCUUUAAUCAUUUAACCCUCUCACUAGUAGGCCAGCCGGGUUGUCGUCAUUAUCGAUCAACUUAAUGCUGUGCCCUUAGGCCAGCGUUUCAAAUGAACAUGUCUCUUGCUCAAAGAGUCCUCCUGACAUGGAUCUUCACACUUAUAUUCCUUAUUAUGCUGGUCCUGAAGUUGGACGGGAAGAUCUUUUGGAGCUGGUUCCUCAUCUUCCUUCCUGUCUGGACCUUUGAUCUUAUUCUCCUCCUCAUGCUCAUUGUCAAAAUGGCAGGCCGCUGCAAGCCGGGCUUCGACCCUCGCAACGGGGCGGAGAACUUGAAGAAGCGCGUGUGGUACCUCGUGGCCAUGCUGCUUAAACUGGCAUUUUGUCUGACGCUCUGUGCCAAAUUAGAAGGCCUAAUGGACAUCUUGGUGAGCUCGGUUUGCGUCCCUCUGUGGGCACUGCUCAUCGGAGCUAUGGCCGAACUGGGCUACAACGUUUUCCACUUCAGAAGAGACUGAACAUAUGAACGGUAUUCUUUGAAAGCCAGCAGAAGUCUUUACUGUAUUCUUCAGGAAUAAAAUCAUCUUGAAAG